GAAGAACUUCCUGGUGAGUAACAAAAGAAACAUAUCAGGCAAAACAACGUUCUCAAUCAAUAGGGCUUCGAACGUUCAGUUCGUUUAUUUAGAAGUCAAAUCGUACCGUAUGUGACCAUGAAGACAGCAUUUGUUCUGCUGGUGUGUGUGCUGGCACCGAUCAUUUCGGCAAAGCUGUGCCAGAAGACUACAACUGUGACCAGGUACCGACAGGACAAGAGUUAUCGGUCGUGUGGCUGGUGGGGAUGGAACAGGUGCACGACAUACAACAGAGCGUCCUAUACUGUCCCUAUAAACGAAACUGAGUGUUGCGCAGGGGACAUCGGCCACAUAGAAAGUGGAUGUAACGGAGAGUGCCCAUAUACCAAUCCCAUGGACUCCGCUGCAUGCAGUGGCAGGACCUGCAGGGAUUACACGUGUGAUAAAUCCAGAUUUCCAGUUCCAGCUAACUUUAAAGUUGAUGGUUUCCAUGAGAACGACAACUCGGCUCAACGAGUCCUCACCGCGAACGCCACGUGCUUCGUUCAGUACACGUGUCCUGAUUGUAGCUGCACGUGCAGCAGGACACGCCGCUCUGCGGUAGACCGGAACAAAAGGGCCGCUGGAUGUUCGUGUUCCAAGAACGUCCCUUGCACAUCAUGUGUAGUGUCCAACAAACAUCUUUUCGAAGUCAGGAACAACGUGGAGAUCUGGAAGCGGGAAUGCAUGUCCCAGUGCCGGAACUGUACGGCUGAUCCAGGAUGUUUGGGUGCAGGGGUUGAUCUUAGUACGGAGGUCACGUGUUCCGGGGUCAACUACGACUACAAUGACGAGAGAUCGAUUACAAUUGGAUUGGAACCCCCGACAUCCGUUAAAGCUCCAACUCUGAGACCUGGUAAUGUCAAGACAGUCAACGGAAGUGCAUCAAACGGCACGGUGGUCGCCGACAUCGACGUCAGUGAAGAUCCGGCCUGGGGAAGCGUCUUGAACUGGAUUCUGACAGGGGCCACGUCCAAAAACUCUAGCAAGACUAUGUUCAGACUCGCAAGCCCAGGUGGAUACAGAGGAAUGACCGCUCUUCCGCACGUGUACACAAAGCAGAUAGAAGUGGUUGGAAACGUCAGCCAGGAGCCGUCUCAGGUGUACAACCUGACAGUUUGCGCGUACACACGUCGCCAUGACACGUGCACCAAUAUCACGGUGAAAUUCGUGACUACUGUGGAGCCCCCAAUGCCGCCGUAUUGUCGAGGGGUCGGCUCCUAUGCCAACAUCACGGCCAUGAACACGUGGUGUAACAUGACGUGUCACCACACACCACCGUACUGUCCGCAGUCGCAUUGCUUGUGCACUAAAGAGCCAGCACCGGGCUACCACUACUGCAGCCCUGUUGGCAUCUGGCAGACCGUGAGAGGAAUGGAGGCCUGGUGCGACUUCGCUUGUAACGAUCCUGUACCGGAGCACGUGGCCAAGUCCUGCCUGCCGUCAUACUGCGCGUGUACCCCACCGGUGGUCUAAGCGGAAGCGGUACAACGAAUACACCGUAGACAAGGAAACUUUUUGCAUCGAUUUCACCGAGCGCGGAGAUUAACAUUUUUGGAUAGAAUUUAAUAAAAUUAGACCAAAAGAUGGAUUAAUAAAAGGAUAAAAAAUACAUUUAUUUAAAAUGUAUGUGAUUUAUCUGCAGUUAACAUAUGCUCAAUGGAAUAUCUAUAUGAAACUGUUUUUGAUAAAAAAAUCUGUUUAACUUUCCCCAUUGUACAUAUUUAUUUUGAUUUAAUUCUUUCUCUGCGUUUUUUUCUUCUUAAAUUAAGUGUAUGAUUUCCUUGAGAAAACUCAUGUGGUACUUUGGUCACAAAUGCAAAUAUGUUUAGCACACGUCUAUUCAUUCAUUUAACUUUCCCCAUUGUACAUAUUUCUUUAUUUUUAUUUCAUUCUUUUUCUGCGUUUAGUUUUUUCCUUUAAUUAAGUGUAAGAUUUCCUUGAGAAAAUUCAUGUGGUACUUGGGUCACAAAUGCAAAUAUGUUUAGCACACGUCUUUCAUUUAUUGAGUUUAUUAUGAAUAUUUACUGUUGUAGUUGAUUGGAUUGCAUCUUAUUGAUUUUUUAUGUGUUUUUCUAUAUGCCCAAACAUUCCGACGGGGUGAUACAGAUUUUCCCUUGUCUGUUCGUCCGUUUGUCGCUCGGAUUGAUGUGUCGCGCGUAAAUGAAAAAAUAAGUGAUUCUAGACAGCUGAAACUGUAAACAUAUACAAGAAUUUAAAUUUGCGCACUAACACAUUUUUAUUGGAUGUUGUUUUUUUUUAAAUAGAUUGUGUUUUACACAAACAACAAUCAACUGUGUCGCGCGUUAUUCUUACGAAUUGCUGCUAGAGGGCUGAAUCUUUACAAACGUAUUAACCAGGAUGUGAACUUGCGCACCACAAUUUUUUAUGGUAUGAUUUCUACACAAGCGAGUUUGUGUACACUUUUUAUGCUUUUUUUUUUCUUAAAUUAUGUCGCGAGUAACUACAAAAAGUAUUGCUGCUAGAGGGAAUAAAACUUAACAACGAGCAUGUAAAUAUGCACGCUUCCAAAUGUUGGUCCGGCUUUUUCGAAAAAGCCACAGUUAUGACCUUUUGUAAGCAAAUAAUAACAUUUCCAUAUGUUUGUUCAAUUGUUCGUUCGAGCUUAGAGUCAUAAAUAGAAUGUGGGGGCAUCCGUAUCCUACCGACACACUUCUUAUGUUUAUUGUUAUUUCAUUUCAUUUUGUUACCGAACUUCAUGCACGUUAUACUCUGAACUGCGUUCUCUCUUUUUGGGGCUCGAGUCAUACAAUGUUUGUGUAAACUUUUAAGUUUGUACUCGUUUACUUUUUUAGACUAAAUUUUUGUCGGUUUUUUUCCUCGAUGUGUUACUGUUUAUAUACUUUUUCAUCUUUCCUGAAAUAAAAUCCUUAAAAAAGAGCUUUUUU